AUGACUAGAUCAUCUGUGGAGAACUCCUUAAUGAAAAUUAUGGCCUACGCAUCUCGUCCCCUACCAGAUUUCAAUAAAUAUGAAGCUUUGGAGAUGCUAGAAUCGCUUCAACUUACGGCUCAAGAUACCAAGCAUGACCGUCAGAAUUUCUAUCGUUUGGUUUACCAAACAGUCCGUGGAAAGCUCGAUGUGCCUCGGGAUCAAUUUAGAAGUCUCGUCCUGCGCCUUUUGGGCGAUAAAGAUCAUGAAAAGAUCUUUGAUUGUGUGGCGAAGGUAGAGAAACACUAUCGUUCGAGGGACCGGGCCGGGACCGCAGCUGUGUCUCCCUAUUACAGGGAAGGCCGGGAGAGAAAUGUCAGAGAUUUCCCGAGAAACCCGUGAAGGUCUAUGUCGUGUUUCUACUGUGGAAGACUUGGCCAUAUUAAACGAUUCUGCGAGGCAAGAAAAAGCGAUCUCUCUGGGAACAUGGGGCUGCAGAAGAAUGGCACAUCUCCAGCGUCAGUGGCAAAAUAAAGUGUGAACUUUUCGCAGACAACACAUGUUAUGCUGAUUUAGGUUUUCUGUUUGGGUAAUAAACGUAUCUUCAAUUCAGUCAUGUCCUAUGUGAGUGUUUUCUCUUAAUUUGUAAUAAACUCAAUAGUCUUAGAGUUUUGAUAGCUUUGAAAACAGGGUUUCUAGUUACCCUCCCAGGAUUACUGGGUCAGAGCUGUCAUCUCUCUGCUGACUACUUUGGGGUUUUACCUGUGGGAAUAAUACCCUUUUCUCUUGAUGUUUUUCCCUAGGAAAUCAUUUCAUGGGCUUGGGAAUAUGACAAGAACUUUGAUAACGCUAUCACUCACGGACAGUUUGGGGUGAAUGCAAUUCAAUGGGUAGACUCCAUGGGGAACUCCAUAGCGGUCAGCGGCGAGAUGACGGCACGUGAACUAAUGCAAAAGGUCACGCGUGUGGAGCAAGGCGAGAUUAUAAGGGAUGUAAAUGAGUUGUCCUUUCAAGACCCCAGUAAUUUUAGAGCUGGAGAGCUUCACGCUCACUACUCGUUUUGGGAGAAAGUCGCGGAAUGA